AUGCCAGUCCGUCGAAGAGCUUCCAACCCUUGCGAGGCAUGUCGAAUCAGGAAGAAACGUUGUGCUGAUGAUCAGAAUCCUUGUGGGUUUUGCGCAGGCCGUCGCCAGCCCUGUCUUCGCAGCCCUGUUCCGGAGCCGGGGAAGCGGACGGCCUUCACUGUGCCUCACUUGACUCGACCCGCUAUGAGGGCCACCGAACUACUCUUCCUCCCACCGAUCCACAAGCUGUGCGAGCUUGUCCUCCAAGAAGAGCAGAUUCGGAGCGACCGGUAUGCGCUAGAGGCAGAGACUCAGUGUAUCGUGGCAGGAAGGCCUAUGCAGCUGGAUCCGCGGCUUUAUUUGCCCGAUUGCAGUGCAGAUACAGUGCACAGAUUGGUAAUAGACAACUAUCGUGACUGCAUCUCUACCAGACAGCCACUUCUCCCAUGGGUCGAUAUUGAUCGUUUGGUGCACGCUUUCUUGGAGCAUUCGCACCCUUUAUUCGAUGGUCGGGACAUUGGUACAGCGAUUGUUCUCCUCAUGAUGGCAUUAGGGGAGGCAUAUCAGUACCAAGAUACGGUGUCUGGGCAGAACGAUCUCCCAAGUUCCGUAUACUUCAUGGAGGGUAUGACGAUCCUCGACGAACAGCAUGCAGCAUAUACACUUGAGCAUAUCCAAGGCUAUCUUCUCGCAAGCUUGUGCCAUAGUCAAUGCGGACACACCCUGGAAAGCUUCAAAUAUACGUCCAACGCCUGCCAAGGUCUCUUGUUCAUUUCCCAACCCGCCUUAGAAGGAUACCAGAUGAACAAGCAAACGGGUGCAGCGGGUAAUGCAGCGGAUAACCCCUACCUAUUUGCAUUUUGGACUUGCAUACAGAUGGAAAGCGGUAUCCUCCUAGAGCUUCCUUGUCCUCCGACCGGACUUCUUCGAUUUUAUGAACACACCCCAUUCCCUCACUUGGAGGAUAUGGACUAUGGCUUGAGUCCUCCCAAUAUUCGAUACUUGGAGAAACAGUAUUCGUUGAUCAAACACACGGCAAGGCUUGUAUUGGCACCUGACGCGUUUCUCUCCCCAGAGUAUCUCCAAACAACGCGAAAGACUCGAGACGUCUUGGAUUCAAUUCUUCGUAGCGACGGCGGUGUUGAAAGAGGCUCCUUGCCAGCUAGGUAUCACAGUAUUGAAGUAAUUCUCUACCGGCAAUACGUAUUGAAUAUCCUACUGUCUCAUGAUCAAACAUCGGCGAGUCUGUUAAAAGAUCGGCAUACAAAGGAUCAGACUCGCAAAGGCAUUUCCGCUUUGAUUGAUAGCGCCUCCGUCUCCAACUCUUGUUUAGGUAAUCAGGUGAUGGAGAAUCAGUGGAUGAGGGCACAAUCACAGUGGGGUAACAUGUUGGUGCUCCUGGCAGCUUUCUCCAACCCAACGCUUCAACCAAUGGUGCUUGACAUCAUAGCGAAGGAAGAUCUUGCACGUCUGAUCCAGGUUAGCAGUGUUCUCAAUGCGGGUCUUGCAUCCCCGACCUUACAGGUGGAGUCGAAAAUAUUGCAGCAUUUGUCAAGAUCUUUACGGAUGGGAGGUGCAGACAGAUAGAUGUUCAUUUCAGCCGAAUGGUACGG